AUGUUGGAAAUUGGGUUGGUUCUUGUAGCAUUGUUUGUCAUUUAUUACACUCAUUUGCUUAUCAAAUGGAAAUACCCAAAAAUUAAUGGAGUUCGAGUUCAGUUGCCUCCUGGUUCUAUGGGUCUACCUAUCAUCGGAGAGACCAUUCAGUUGCUUAUUCCAAGCUAUAACUCUAUAGAUAUCCACCCAUUCGUCAGAAAACGAAUCCAAAGGCAUGGACCUAUUUUUCGGACUCAUUUGGUUGGAAGACCGAUCAUAGUCUCAGCCGACCCUGAAGUCAACAAGUACAUAUUUUCUCAGGAAGGAAAUUUAGUGGAGAUGUGGUAUUUGGACUCAUUUGCCAAGUUAUUUGCAUUUGAAGGUGAAUCCAAGGUUACUGCUAUUGGUCGCGUCCACAGAUACUUGCGAGGCAUUACUCUGAAUCACUUUGGUGGUGAGAGCCUUAGGGAAAAGAUGCUUCCUCAAAUUGAAGCCACAGUUAAAAAUAACUUGUGCAAAUGGUCCACUCAGAGAUCUGUUGACGUUAAAUCAGCUAUUUCACGGAUGAUUUUCAACUUCACUGCGAAGGCUGCAUUUGGCUAUGACGUUGAAAACUCGACGGGGGAGAAAAUUGAAAACUUGCCCAAUUUCAUUAAAAGCCUCAUGUCUUUUCCCUUGAAUAUUCCUGGCACUACGUUUCACAAGUGUAUGAAGGACAAAGAGAAGAUGUCAAACAUGGUGAGGCAUAUAAUGAAGGAGAGAUUUAAUUCUCCGGAUACACGUCCAGGAGAUUUUCUUGAUCAAGCUAUUAAUGAUAUGGCAUCAGAGAAGUUCUUGACAGAGGAUUUUAUUGCCGAACUCGCUUUUGGGAUUUUGUUUGCUGCCUUUGAAUCUGUGUCCACAACGCUAACACUAGCUAUCAAGUUUCUAGCGGAAAACCCUCUAGUGUUAGAAGAGUUGACGGCAGAGAAUGAGGCAGUUCUAAAGAAAAGAGAGAAUCCGGAUUCCCCAUUGACAUGGAAAGAAUACAAAACAAUGACUUUUACACAGAAUGUUAUUAGCGAAACUCUUAGAUUGAUGAAUAUUCCACCUGGUUUGUUGCGAAAGGCUUUGAAAGAUAUUAAUGUGAAAGGAUACACAAUUCCGGCUGGCUGGACAAUAAUGCUUGUUACGCCCAUUGUUCACUUAAAUCCUGAAACAUACAAGGAUCCCUUGAAGUUCAAUCCAUGGCGCUGGAAGCCAAUACGCACCCCCUGCAAACCAAAUCCAAAACCAAGAGAGGCCUUGCAUCAUCCAAUUGGCAAAUGGAGAAAUCCUAAAAUUGGUGGAGUUCUUCCUCCAGGUUCCAUGGGCUGGCCCCUCAUUGGAGAGACCCUUCAGUUCAUUUUUUGUGGAAAAGAUCCAGACCUUCACCCAUUCAUCAAGAAAAGAAUGCAAAAGAUAAACGCUAUCGGUAAAGUUCAUACAUACAUAAGAAGCAUUGUUAUGAACCACUUUGGUGUUGAGAGGCUUAAGGAAUCAUUCUUUCCUAAAAUCGAAGACAUACUUCCCGCCAACUUGGCAAAGUGGGCUACUCAAGGACCAGUUGACAUCAAACAAGUUAUUUCGGUUAUGAGUACACCGUUUUCAGUUUAUACGCUAACAAUGACAGACCGAGAGAAGGUGUUGAAAAUGUUGAAGGAUAAAUUGAUGGAGAGAAUUAAGGAUCCAUCAAAGCGUCGGGGAGAUUUUCUUGAUUAA